AUGGCUACUUCAGAGGAUGAUGGGGGUGAACCAAAAUUUCCUGAGCCACUUUUCGUAGAAGAUGAAGAGGAAGAGCACGAGGAUGACGAAGAGGUAGUGGAAGACAAUGAAUUGGGAUGCAGUGGUGACGAUACAGAUUCAGAUAGUUCAGAUGAUGAAUUCAGGAAUGUGCUUACCUUAACAGCUGAUGAGAUACGAGCUUUAACGUUUUGCAGUGAGUCUAAUGCAUACACAUUUUACUGUGCCUACGCGAAGGGAAAGGGAUUUGUGGUUAGAAAAGAUGCAUGUGAACGAGAUUCUAAUAACAAAGUUGUAAUGCGAAAAUUUGUAUGCAAUAGGGAGGGGUUAAGGGAACCAAAGUACUUCAUUAUGGAUAGGCAAAGAGCCCACAGAAGCCUAACCCGCACUAACUGUCAAGCAAGACUCAGGAUACGGUACGAUAACAAGAAAUGCCAAUGGGGUGUGGUGGGGUUUGAGGAGAAACACAACCACGAACUUACCCUGUCGGUAUAUGUCCCUGUGAUUAAUGCUUACCGUACAAUUAGUGAAGGAGACAAAGCUCAGGCAGAAAGUCUUCACGCAUAUGGUGUCAGAACCUGUCAUAUCAUGGGUUAUUUGACGGCACAGAAGGGGGAUAUUCUAAAGUAG